AUGCCAGUCACCCAAUACUCUCAGAUCAAGCCCGGUCUUCUGGUUUCAAUAGUUCUGAAAGCCGACCAACGAACCGGCCGGCAAGUCCAAGGCACAGUCUCGCAACUUCUCACUCGCCACAACCAUCCUCGAGGCAUCAAAGUCAAACUCACCGACGGCCGUGUUGGUCGAGUACAGCAGAUCCUCCCUCAAAACCAAAACUCAAACUCUCGCCAGCAGCGCAUCAUGGAGUCCAACAAUCCCUGGGCCGACGCUUCGAGCCAGAACACCUCCAACGCCGGUCAACCUGCCCAAGGUUCGAGGCAGCAAUCAUAUCCUCCACAGACACAAUUCUCUCCCUACUCCUCUUCUCAACAGCACUCCCAACCUCAGCAACAGUCAGCGGCCCAUGCCCCUUCGCAGGGCGUCCGUCGGACAGAUACCGAUCAGCUAUUGGCGCAGCAGGAGGAUCGAGCAGCCCAGGUUGAGCACAUGCAACAAUUUGAAGCCAAUGCGCCACAGAGCGAAGGUGACAGGAUUCAAGCACAACUGCAAAAGGAAUUCCCCAAUAUCGACAGCAGUUUGAUUGCUGCGAUAUACAACGAAAGGCCGGGGAACUUGCCCGAGGUUCGGGAGAUGUUGCAGGAGUUGAACACGAAUUGA